ACCCACAGGCUUGGCUUUGCCCUUAUCUUCUCCUUUGUGGUGAAGAGCAGUCUUCCCCAGGCUCCCCCUUGCCACAGCUGCAUCUUCUCUUCACCCCGACUGAGAAGAUGGAAGGGGAAGGGGUUCAACCCCUGGAUGAGAAUCUGGAAAAUGGAUCAAGGCCAAGAUUCAAGUGGAAGAAGACGCUAAGGCUGGUGGUCUCUGGGAUCAAGGGAGCGGGGAUGCUCCUGUGUCUCAUCUAUGUCUGCCUGCAACUCUCCUCGUCUCCGGCGAAGGACCCUCCAAUCCAAAGACUCAGAGCACCAGUUACCAGAUGUGAGAAUGAGAGACUCUUCAUCAGAUUCAACAAGAACGAGUAUCAAACCAUGGAGGUGCAGAACAAUUCAGUCGUCAUCAGCUGUGAUGGGCUUUAUCUCAUCUACCUGAAGGCCUCCUUCUUCCAGAAGGUCAUGAUUGACCUUCAUUUCCGGAAGGAUAAAACUCCCAUCUCUAUACCAAUGCUGAACAACAGUCAAACGGUUGUCUUCACUGUGGUGGCCUCUUUGGCUUACAAAGAUAAAGUUUACUUGACUGUAAAUGCUCCUGGUACUCUAUGUGAAAACCUCCAGAUAAAUGAUGGGGAACUGAUUGUGGUCCAGCUAACGCCUAGUAGAUACUGUGCUCCUGAAGGAUCUUACCACAGCACUGUGAACCAAGUACCACUGUGAAUUCCAUUCUGAGGGUGGACAGGACAAAUGUUCAUUCUUUUGAGAGAUGAGCCCAUCCUGCUCAACUUCAUGAGAUGUGACCGAAUGCAGAUCCUACCCUACUUCCUCACUCAGGGAUAUUUAAAUUGUAUCUUAUAUAACAGUUGACCUCUCAUUCCCAGGAUUGCCUUGAGCCUGCCAAGAGCUCUUCUGGGAAUGAAAAAAAUAAAUGUCUCUUCAAGACACAUUGUUUCUGUUGGUCAGAUCAUUGUAAUAAACAUCCUCCACUGAAAACGGCUCUUGAUUACUAUCUUGUAGAAUUUUGACAUUGUCAAAAGAAAGAGCAAAAAAUGGGGCUGUAAGUCUGGAAAAGGUGGUGCUCACCAGCCAGUAGGAGCUGGAAUGCUCUGUCCAAGGUUAAGGUGACCAAAGGUUACAUGUUGCCUAAAACUGUCUCUCACCUCAUGGGAACUCAGAAAGAAGAUCACCCCGUGGAAAGCAGGACUUGAAGACGACUGAGUGUUUAAGCAAUGAGGUGCACUCUGACCUUCUCCUUAUCUUUCUUCUUUCCUGGCCUCCAAAUAUACAUAAUAGAAAACUUCCUUCAAAGAGCUAUGUAGGGACUGUGAUGCCACUGAAGUACCACAGUAGUGAUGUAAAGAAAACAAGUAGAGCUUUGUUUUUUAUACAGAGUG